AUGAUCUCUCUUUUUAAGACUCAAUUAAUGAAGACAAGUUUGUGAGUAUGGAGAUUAAACAAUAUGACAAUCCAAAUUGUGAUGUUUUGAUUGAGUCUUUUUAUAAUACAUCUACAAGAUAAAUUCAAAAAUAUGUGCAUUCAUAAUAUUGUGAGUGCAUACUACAAGAUACUUAUCUUCUCACCGUCCAACUUAAUUAUACGUUGUCCCUAGUCCAUAAAAAAUGAAUUUAGAGAAAGAAGGUGCAAAUUGAGUAAUGCAGUCCACGCUAUAUUUGGUGGCAAAUGGGACCCAUCUCCACCACUACACAAGCUCGAGGUGAUAGAGGAGACCUCACCCUCACGUAUCCAGCCAAAUCAAGGAGCACGAGUGAAGAUGAAGGACCCCGGAUUCCACUAUACAGCUUGA